AUGGAUUGCGUUGUCUGCCCCUGGCUCUAUGGCACCCUCUCCGGCGACCUCCUCGACAUCGUCAUGCGCCGCGGCGACAGCAGCGUCACUGCUCGCGCCACCUGGCUUGCCAUUGAGAGCCAGUUUCUCGGCAACAGGGAGGCGCGCGCUCUCAUCCUCGACACCAAACUGCGCACCCUUGUCCAAGGGGACCUCUCCGUUGUGGACUACUGCAAGCGCCUCAAGACGACGGCGGACGACCUCGCCGAUCUCGGCGAGCCCGUCACUAAUCGCUCCCUCGUCCUCAAUCUGAUCCGAGGACUGAACGAGCGGUUCUCCUCCAUCGGGUGCCAUCUUCGGCGCGGGCACCCCUUCCCCUCCUUCCUGGAGGCCUGCGACGAGCUCGCCCUCGAGGAACUCACCAUGGGGAACUCUCCGACGCAGUCCACCACCCUCGUCGCCGGCACAGGCGGCGGGCCGUCUUCUCGCCCCUCUGCGCCAACCUCCCAGCAACCCUCUGGACGCACCGGCUCCGCUUCGGGGGUGAAAAAGGGGCGGUCCAGCUCCACCAGCAAGGGCGGCCGCGGCAAUCGCGGCAAAGGCGGCAGGAAUGGCGGCAAGACUUGCGUCGCCAAGGGAGGCAGCUCCAAGAUAGGCGCAAGUGCCAGCGGCUUCAGCGCGCAGGCUUCCAGCGGCUAG